AUGUCGCGCGUCGCGAGAGGGUCUCAGACGACGCUGAAGGGCGCGAAACGUUCGCCCGCGACGCAGAAUCGCUCGCCGUCGUCCCGGUCGCGGACGAUUCGAGCGCGCGCCGUCGCCGAUGCGAACGCCGUCGUGGCCGUGGAAGACGCGAGAGAGCUCGCGGCGUGGUUAUCGUACGAUAAGGGUGUCGACGCGAGCGCGCUGGCGUUCAAGGAGGACGCGAAGGGCGGGGUGAGGGUGAUCCUCAAGGCGGAUGCCGAGGCGGGCGCGACGGCGCUUCGCGUCCCGCAGAGCGCCGCGGUGACGAGUGUUGACGUCGGUGAGCAUCCGAUUGUGAGUGAAUUAGCGAGUGGACGACCAGAAUUGAUCGGUCUGGCGCUAUGGCUGUGCGCGGAGCGGAUUAAGGGAGGGGCGAGCGAGUGGGCGCCAUACGUGAAGACUUUGCGGGCGAAUCCAGACGCACCGCUGUUUUGGACCGACGCGAAGGAUUUCGCGUUGUUGAAGGGGUCACCCGUCGCCGCGGACGCGAUCGAGCGAUCGAAGAGUGCGAGAACUGAGUAUGCGUCUAUCACGGAGGUGAUCAAGAGCGAUCCAAGCUCAUAUCCUCCUGAGGCGUACGAGUUCCUGACGGAGGCGCGCUUCGUGGAUGCCCUGGCGACCGUUUGUGCCAAGGCGACGUGGUUACCGACGGCGCAAUGCUACGCCCUAGUGCCGUUGUUGGACGUCAUCAGUAUAGGUGGGGCUCCCGUACCGGGUGUCCUUCCUCCCUCGGCUUCGGACGGCGUGGUUCGAUGCGGACCGGCGGAUUACGACGUUGACACUGCGAGCGUAGUCCUCCGAUGCGCCACUAAGGCGGCGGCAAACUCCGAGGUCAUUCAGCUCGAUGCCUUGCAGAGAAACAACGGCGAACUCUUCCUAAACACCGGUUACGUCGAUCAGAAGCAUCCCGGGGACUACAUUUACAUGAAAACAGACAUCCAAACCUCCGAUCGACUGUUCACGGCGAAGAAGCAAGUGUUGGAGGGCAUGGGAUUCACCGCAGCGGAUCAGUACUUCCCGGUGUACAAGGAUCGAAUGCCGACGCAGCUGUACUCUUACCUUCGCUUCUCUCGCGUCCAAGAUCCGGGCGAGAUGAUGGCAGUCUCCUUCGAGGAGGAUAAGAUAGUUUCGGUGAUGAACGAGUACGAAAUCCUACAGAUUCUCAUGGGCGACUGCAGGGAGUUGAUGGCGGAGUACGACACGAACGAGGAGGACGAGCUCAACCUGUUGAAGCUCUCGGACCAAAUGCCCGUGCGAGAGAUCGAAGCAGCGAAACUGCGGAUGUCUGAGAAGAAGCUCAUCGGUGCGACGAUGAACGCGGUCCGUAAGCGUCUGGCACCGAUUCGAGGGAUCCCAACAAAGCAAGGAAUGGAAGACCCGAACCAGGAUCUGCUGGACAUUUUCAACGCAAUUGAAAGCAUUCCCAACAAGCCGAAGGAGAUGUUUGAAGAUUUUAAGAAAUGGGCGCGCGGUGAUUACGAAGACGAACUUCCGCGCGGGGGCGGCGGAGGUGGAUGUGGAUAG